AUGCGAAAGGAUUGGCGUCAAACCGUGUAUUUGGCUCGGUCGAAAAUUCAAGGGCUUGGACUUUAUGCAAAGCGCGACAUUCAUAUGGGCGAUAUGAUCAUCGAGUAUAAGGGAGAAGUGAUAAGGAGUGAAGUGGGAGAGAUGCGUGAAAAGCGAUACGUAGCGCAAAAUCGUGGCGUGUACAUGUUCGUAUCGAUGAGGACUUGCUUGUCGAUGCGACAAUGGCCGCUAACAUACGAUUACCAAUUCGAGUUGGAAGAUACUACAGACAAGAUUCCCUGUUUAUGUGGAGCGCCAAAUUGUGUGAAAUGGAUGAAUUAG